UCAAAAAUGGUGGACGUUGAAGCUUAGUUUCCGGCGUUUUGAUGAAGUAAAAAUAUGAAGUGUAUUUAAUUCAAGAAACCCCUUUUCAUUGUGUUGUAAAUUAGAAAAUGGUAACGAUUGUUGACGAUUUAGAUUCUUUAACUUUGAGCGAGCCAAUCUUCAAAGAUGUUAAAUAUUACUUGUCCGGAGAUGUCUCUGAAAAGAUUAUGCUGCUUCUACAGUCGGGUGGGGCUGAAGAAAAGAAGUAUUUCUCAGACUAUGUCACUCAUCUAAUUUGUGGUCAAAAUGCUGCAGACACAGAUCUCGAAGAUGCUCUGGACAUAUACCAGAUCCCUGCUGUGACAGAGUACUGGGUGCUCGCUUGUGUUAGGCUGAAAAGAUUGGCGAAUACAAGGCCAUAUGGCUAUUUGAAGAAUAAGAUAUUCUCUAAUGUGGUAGCUUGUGUGUGUAGACUAAGUGUCGCUGAUACAAAAAGUUUGUACGCAAUUCUAACCUAUCAUGGUGCAAAAGUGAAGUUACAGCUGGACACUCAGUGCACUCAUUUGAUCUGUGGUUCAGCCUCUGGCAAAAAAUAUAGUGCUGCUCUUACAUUACCUGCAUCUAAAAUAAAAAUAGUGACCCCUGAUUGGGUACAGGAGAGUAUAAGAUCAAGAAUACAAGCAGUCACAGAAGUUUUUCAUCCUAAACUCUUGAUAGUGCCACAACCUCAAAAACCAAUGGAUCGUAUAAGUGCUAUAACUGGAUUUGAUUUUGAAGAAGGUAUUGCCAAGAAUGAAGUGCCUACUCAAAAUCUAUCAGAAAAUAAAGAUGAUAGCACCCAAGCUUUGCUAGAUAAGCUGAAGCAAAGGAUGCCUUGGAAUCACCCUCCUUCUUCUGCUAACUCAUCUUCCAUAGCUACCUCUACUGUAACCUCUUUAGGUUUUACCAGCACUCCUAUGCCUACCUCUAGUAUCAUGAGCAAGUCCAUACCUCAAGGUAUAGUGACACAAAACCUUCAAAUUCAGAGCAGUCAGGCAAAUCCACAAUUGAUGCAGAAAUUUGGGCAGAACACAAUAGUGUCUCAGUCAGGAAUUAGUGUUCAAGGACAACAAAUCAAUUUGCAGCAGCAGCAACAACAACAACAUCAGCAGCAACAGCAACAACAUCAGCAGCAACAACAACAUCAGCAACAAUACAGCCAGGGUCAGCAACAACAGCCGCAUGGUUUAACAGCAAUACAGAUUCAGCAACAGAAAAUGCUACAGCAGCAUCAGUUGAAGAUGCAGAUGAUGCAACAACAAAACAAGAUUGGUAGCCAACAAACUCAGCAAUUCCAACCCAAUGUUUCUGUAUCUCAGCUGAACCAAGGUCUGUCAGGGCAGAUACAGCAUAUACAAGGCGCACAGCACCAUAUACAACAAAAUAUACAGUCACCAAACACUUCAAUGAGUUCUGCUCAGCAACAGAUUGAAAAUAUCAGUCAAAUGCUCAGUCAGAGUGCAAAUAACAUGCAGCAACAGCAAUUAAAUCAGCAGAAUAUGGCUAUGAAGCAGAGUCUGAGUAUAAGCCAACAAACAGCAUCCCAAGCUGUUCAAAACAUCGCUCAGCAACUUGCUCAGUCAACUCAAAGCUUCCAAAAUGCUAAAUUAAAUCAAAAUAUCAACCAAGGACAAGUGAUAACACAACAAUUUAUAGGUUCUGGUCAGCAAUUGUCUGCUCAAAAUCAAAAUUUGAUACAACAACAAACUGUUCAGUCAAUUAGUAACCAACAACAAAAUAUUAACAUGGGUGUGGUCAAUCAGCAAGGACUUGUGACCUCACAAUCUCAGCAAGGUCAGGGUCAAGUGCAGUUGAACCAACUUGUUGGUAGCACUGGUCAACAGAUUGGGCAACAAAUCCAGUCUAUACAACAAGCUAUUCAAGGUCAACAAAAUAGUAAUGUGCCUGUUCAAGGUGCAUGGAGACAGCAGAACAUACAGAUGGUCCAAAAUGUACAGGGUCAACAUCAAAUUAUAAGGAGUCCAUUGGUGCAGUCUCGUAACCCGCAAAGCCAAGUGGUGUUGCAACAGCAGAUAAUGCAAACUCAACAACAGGCAUUAAUAAACAACCAGCAACCGCAGCUGAGUCCUCAGCAUACAAUUCAGCAGACUUCCCAACAGAUAUUACAGCAAUCCAUCGGUUCUCAAGGGCAGACAAUAAGCCAAACUCAUCAUCAAAUCUUAGUACAGAAACAGCAAUUGUUAAAUGGGUCUGGACAGCAACAGAUAGUCCAAGCACCUCAGCAAGUGUUAAUAAACCAGCAUACUGGCCAACAGCAGAUUUUGGUUCAUGGAAACCAGCAGGUCACUCUGCAGAGCGGUCAGCAAAUUGUUUCCCAAAGUCAGAUAGUGCAUCAAGGGGGCCAAAUUGUGAAUCAAGGUGGACAACAGAUAAUUACGCAAGGAACCCAACAGGUUUUAUCACAAGGUGGUCAGCAUGUGAUAACGCAGCAAGGGCAGCAACAUCAAGUUGUGAUAGCUCAGUCUCCGCAGCAAAUUGUGACACAAUCUGGUCAGAUUAUUGGGCAGGCUGUAGGGCAGACUCAGCAAGUGUUAUCUCAAGUGCCGCAGUCUCCUCAGGGCGGGACACAGUUGACAUCUGGGGGUGGAAUUCAGCAAAUCAUCACUCACAGUGGUGGGCAGCAGAUUGUGUCUCCCGGGGGACAGCAGAUAGUCCAGGGGGGCCAAGCGUGGCAACAGCAACAAUACUUGCAGCAGAGACAGCAAAUCGCACAACCUGGUGCUGUAGGUCCUAGGGUAUCAUGGACAGCAGGCGGCGGCGGUCGUCAACUCAUUCACCUGGACGCGCAGACGCAUGCGCAACUACAACAAAUGGACCCCAAGCAGCGUGCCAUGUUCGUGGCGCAACUGCAGAAACGAAGACAGUUGUCUAUGCAAAGAGCUGCAGCUUUGGCACAGCAACAGCAAGGGGGCGUGGUGACUGGGACGCCGGGUGGGUCACAGCCCAGUGUCACCUUCAUCAGGAGCCAGCUGCCUGCAGGAUUGACUCAGCAACAACAGGUUCAAUGGUUACAACAACAAGGUGCCCGAGCUACUACUAUACCUGCAUCGGGUCCUGCGCAACCUCCGCAAUCUCCAGUAGGCGGCGCUCCCGUAGCGAGUCCGGGCGCGGCCACGGGAGGCGCCGUGGAGUCCCAGCUGCAACAGCUGCAGCUGCAUCGCCAGCAGCAGUACCAGCGGCUGCAGCAGUUGCAAGCCCAGAGGGACCACGUGGCCCACCACCACGCCCAUGUUAAACAGGUGGGCACCGCUGUGGGCCCCCACACGGUGCCGGCGGUGGGCGGCGUGGGCGCGGUGGGCGGCGUGGGCGGCGCGGUGGGCGGCGUGGGCCAGCCGCUGGCAGAGCCCAACGUGGACGCCGCGUUGCUCACCUCGCCACAGGGGGACCAACAGCAAGGAGCAAACAGCGCAUUACUAGUGAACCCUAAGACCAAAACAGCCUUGGCCAACAUGCUCAGUAUUAGAUUGCAGGGGGGCACCACUCCAACGGAACACGAGCCUUCAGCCGCUGGGACGCUCAGAUUAAUGACCGCGGUACACGCGGCCGGCGGGGCAGUGGGCGCGGUGGGGGGAGUGGGGGGCGUGGCAGCCGUCCGCGCGCCCGCCAGGCUGCUGCUGGGCCCGCAACACCCGCACCAGGCCGGCGCCGGCGUAGUGGGCAGCAAAGUAUACGCCGGCGCGGUCCGAGCCCCGCCUCCCCGAGCACAGUUCUACGGACACAACCCCAACCUCAAGCUGCCGCCAGAUCUCUUCUUGCUGGGCUGCGUGUUCCAUAUCGUGGAAUACCAGCAAUCGUGGGGGGCUGAUCGCGUGUCCCGCUGGGUGGAGGCCAUACAGCGGCGCGGCGGCGAAGUGGAGGCCAACUACUGCGCAAGAGUCACGCACGUGCUGUGCGAGACGCAGAAACAUGGCGUCGUUAUGCAGGCAUUGCGCGACGCGAAACGUUGCGUGACCGCGUACUGGCUGUCCGACGCCAUGCUGCGGCGCGCCGUGGCGCCGCCGUGGCAGGCGCUGCACCUGCCCGCCAUGUACGGCGUGCGCGAGCGCCCGGCGCGGCACCACCGCGCGGCGCUGUCCGGCUGGCGCGGCGACGAGCGGCUGCGGCUGGCGUGCUGCGUGGACCACGUCGGGGCUAAGAUGACCCCGUACAUGACCCGCGACAACACAGUGCUCAUCUGCAAGCGAGCAGAGGGCAACAAGUAUCGCAGAGCUCGCGAGUGGGGCAUCCCCGUGGUGACCGCCGCCUGGCUCACCGACCUGCUGCUCGGCAACAUGAGCGCGCUCUCGCAGAUCGAGAACACAAAGUAUCAGCAGUUCAAUUUAACAAGUCCCUUCCGCAUGGAUUAUAGCUUGGUGUCGCAUCUUAUGAACGGCUGGAAAAUGCCUAUAAACAUAACUCCGGAAUCUAACGAGCGCGCCAAGCGAGCGGCCGCGUCCGCCCCGGCCGGCCAGCGGCGCGCCAAGCGAGCGCGGCUGUCGCCCUCCCCGCUCUCCGCGCCGCUCUCCGCCCCGCCGCAGCUGCCGCUCGCGCUAGCGCCCAGGGUCCUGUUCUCGGCAGUGCCGCACGACCAGAACAGGCUCGCUGCUAUUGUCAGGCAACUAGGCGGUUCUGUGGUGACGUCCCCGGCCGAGGCCACUCACCUCGUCAUGGAGAAAUUGGUACGAACCAGCAAGCUCGUCAGUUGCCUCGUCACAGUCAAACAUCUUCUGUCCCCAGAGUGGGUUCUAGAAAGCCACAGAAUCAACAAGUUCGCUGACGAAGCGAAAUUCCAGCUGAGAGACGAAUCGUUCAACAGAAUGUUCAAAUGUGACAUAUCAGAAGUAUUACUAUGCGGCGAACAGAGAAGGAAACUCUUUGAGGGAGUAACUUUCUUCUUGACACCAUGCGUGAAGCCGUCGCGGGCGGCUCUCACGGAAAUGAUCGAACUGUGCGGGGGGAAGGUGGAGAAGAACAGACGAAGCUACGUCUCCAUACAAGAGUUGCACACGCAGAAGCCAUUCAGUUACUUAGUGCUCACAGUACCGAACGAUUUGCAUCUAGUGUAUUAUUUACUGCAAUCAGAAAAGACAUUGAAUGUCGUGUGUAGUACUGAGGUGGUUCUCUCUGCCAUCAUGAGGCAAAAAGUCGAAGUUGAAGAGUUCCUUGUCAAAAUCGACUAAUUUAUUAGUUCUGUUAUGAAGUAACGUUUUAUAAUUUAAUAAUAUUUUAGUCUUACUUCGAGUAAAGAUCUGAUUGAUUGUAACUAAAAGACGCACGAAGAAAUUUGUAUGUUCCAAUCAUCAGCCUUUUAUAAAAAAAAUUCUUAGCAUUUUCGAUAUAUAUAAUAUAUUUUUUUUUCUGUACUCAUGGUAUCUACUUAAAAUGGAUUGAACGCAAUACAAAAGAUAUGGAAUGUCAACUUUGAUAAAGGAUCUCUUUUUGCAAUAAUUCCUUAAUGAAUUUUCUUAUUAAUUCUUCAGAGUCGUUCGUAUAUAAAUGUAAUAUGCAUGUUGGAAUGUCAUAAACGGAGAUAAAAUAAUGAAAUUUGGUUCGGUAAAAUAAGUAUACUUAAUCUAAAUAUAAAAGUGAAUCUCUGACUGACAUAUCAACGCACAGUCCAAAACAAGUUUGGUAUGUAGGUUUUCUUAUGUGGGCCAGGGGUGCACUAAGAGAUGAUUUCCCGAAUUUAUGUUUGCGGGCAGCGCCGCAGGAGUCCUUUAGUGUGUCAUACAAAUAUUUUAAAGUAUGAUGUCGCAAUAUCUAAAAACGAAAAUAUAUUUCUGAAUGAGCUGUGAAGGUAGAUAUAAGAUAUAAAAUUGUUAAAAUAUUAAAAAAAAAUAGUUUUUCGGACCAAUAGUGUGGUAUAAACAGUACCGCAAAUUGUAUACACAUUUUCAUUAAACCCUAAGUGGAACCCUGAUAUGGCACUGACAUGAAAAUCUAAACAGUAUUUAUAUAAUAAACAGCAGCUCCAUUUUCACUUAACUCAUAUUGUUUAGUUGGGGAUUUCGGGAUUUACUAAAGCAUGACAGAUUAAUACACAGGAAGAAUCUUUGAGAAGUUUCCCAAAUAAGAACCCCCUUCUGACAAUUUGAGAGUAAUGUAAAGAGAGGCAGGGCUACAAAGUUGUAAAAAAAGUAUUCACGAGCGUGGAUGUUUUUUAAUGAAGUGAUUGAAGGUUUAGUAAAAAUAAAUAAUCUGACGAUUUCCACAAGCCGAAGUAAAUUCAUCAUCAUCAACCAAAGUUUAAUGCCUACAGCCACGUGAUUUUUCCUCUGUCGCUCUUUUUCUAUCUUACUAUUUCACUCUGUCCUCACUCUGAUUUCUGUUGCAUUAUUUACACUAAGGUUUCCACGACUUCAUGAAAGCUGAUCUCACACUCGUUCGUGGCAUGUUAUUGUUCAAAAUGUACUUUCAUUACAUUUUUGAAAAUUUAUAUCCCCCCCACCGAUAAACAGGUAUAUUUUAGUCAUUAUUUUUUAUUUUUAUCAUCUAAACUUAGCCACCCAAUAGAUCUCUUUGACGCUCAAGUAAAUCCCGAUUUGGUGCCGUGGUCUCGCCUACUAUUUGUUAUUCUUCAGUCGUGUCAGUGCCAUCCAUAUUCUAAAUAGAUUUUAUACAAAUAAAAAUUAAUAUUUAAGUUAUAACUUUCGUUUAUAAAGACGUUUCUUUUGUUUUGAAAUAUGUAUCUCGUUGUUUUCAACUGUUGUCCGAUAUUUCUAUUUAAAAUGGUUAUGCUAAGUAAAAACGCCCUUUUUGUUCAAUUUUUAAAAAAGUUUAUGUAUUUGAGUAUUUUGAGAAGCUUUCAUUUACAUACUUCUAUUUUGUAAAUAAUUUGUAAUUUUGGACCACAAGUCGUCUGAACAGAAAAUUAUACUAAUUGUUUAGUA